UUCAGUCCAUAACCUUGACCUCACUCAUGUCUUUCUGAUCAUGAGCAAGAACAGUUUCUAUGUGAAUCUACGCAGUGAAAAACUUAGCAUCUACACCUUAAUGGACAUACGAUAAUGGCCGCCACAUUUGUUCCGCGCCAGGUGUUCCCGAACUAUGCGUCGAUCCCCCGGUCGUAUUUCUUGGGCCACCAUAGGGCUGGCUUGAGGAAGAUGCAAAAUAUGCUCUCGUCCAUCGACUAUGUCAUCGAGUGCCGGGACUAUCGGGUGCCAAUCACCUCCAUGAACCCAAUGUUUGAGGAAGCGCUGGGGAAGACGAGACGACUGGUUGUGUAUACUAAGAGAGAUCUGGGUGCAGAAUCUGGGUCGGGGGCGCAAAAAAAGGCGGAGAAAACCAUCCGGACUUUCAACAAGAACGGGGAUUCGCUCUUCGUCAGCUCAUCGUCUCGGAUGGACGUCGGCACCAUCCUGAAACACCUGCGUGACGACUCAGGGAUUCCGGAGAGACUCGUCGGCACUCGAGUGAUGGUGGUCGGUAUGCCCAACGUGGGCAAGUCGACGUUGAUCAAUAACCUGCGCAAUCAGGGGGUGGGAAAGGCCAAGGCCGUACGGACUGGAGGCCAGCCGGGUAUCACGCGCAAGAUCGCCUCGCCCGUGAAGAUCAUCGAACGCGAGAAUGGCUCUCAUGUCUACGUCUUGGACACGCCGGGUGUCUUCAUGCCGUACGUGCCGGAUGCGGAGAACAUGCUGAAAUUGGCACUCUGCGGCUGCGUCAAGGACUCGGUCAUCGCGCCCGUCACGCUGGCCGACUAUCUAUUGUACCAUAUCAACCGCAACGAUGCGCAAGUCUAUCAGCGGUGGUCAUCUCCCACAAAUGAGAUCAUGCCACUCCUGAAUGACUUCGCCCGCCAGACAGGCCUUCUAGCCAAGGGCGGAAUCCCCAACACGGAGCUUGCAGCCCUGCAUUUCAUCCAGAAAUGGCGCGCUGGGGAUCUGGGCAAGUUCAUCCUCGAUGACCUGCAGGCCGAGGAGCAACGGCUGUUGGAAGGUCGAGAGCGGGAGCCCAUUAUCAGUCGGACGCAGGCGCUGAAGGCUGACAAGCUGUCACGGAAGCAACCCAAACUGUAACUAAUCACAUCUCGCACAUAGACUGAUAUAGCUCGCAACCAACCACCUGUUGUACAAAAGAACGAAUCAUGUUGGUAUCAUCAAUAUGCUUUUGCCUCCCUUAGGAUGCAUCGUAAACCUGCCAGCGGGUGGGGCAGCACCGCGUAUGAAAACAACAAAUGUCAAGCAAAAAUAUGUGA